CUAAACGCUGCAGCUAUGGAUUCAAGAGCAGUGAUUGUCUUAUUAUGGAUGUUGCUGUCGUCCACCUCCACUGGAAUCAAGCUAGAUGGAAAUGGUUAUGUUGAUAUUAUAAUUGCAAUCGGUUCAAGAGUACCACAGGAUGACAUGCUCAUUGAUAAAAUCAAGGAAAUGGUCACUGAAGGGUCGUAUUAUCUUUAUGACGCAUUGGAUGAAAAGGUCUAUUUCAAAGAUGCUACAAUACUAGUCCCAUCCCACUGGAGUGUUAAGGAUUUUUCCAAAGCAAGAACAGAGUCUUUUGAAAAGGCCCACAUAAAAAUUGAUUAUGCUAAUUCAGCAAACAACAUUGAGCCCUACACUAAACAGUAUGGAGAAUGUGGAGAUGAGGGAGAGUUCAUUCAUUUUACCCCAGAAUACCUCCUGAAUGACACUUUAAUUGAGCUUUAUGGAUCAAGAGGAAGGGUCUUGGUGCAUGAAUGGGCUCAUCUGAGAUGGGGCGUGUAUGAUGAAAACAAUGACAAAAAACCAUUCUACUACUCUAACGGCCGUAUUGAACCUACAAGGUGUAGCAAAAACAUUGAAGGUCAGUUUUAUGAGGUUACUGCUGGAGGAUCUCUUCAACAGUGCCGUUCUGAUCCAGAAACUUUGCUACUUACCAAGGAGUGCACAUUUUUUCCAGACAGAAAUCAAAUCACAAACAGCUCCAUAAUGUUCUUACCAAGUCUGGAUCCUGUGACUGCAUUUUGUCAUGAAAAUGAGCACAAAAAUAAAAAUCCAAAAACACAAAAAAUAAAUAAAUCAAACAAAGCAACAUGGACUGUUAUAUUUGAGGAUUCUGUGGAUAAAGAUGCACUUCGUUCUCUGAAACCACCGGAGUCCCCUCCACCACCACCAUCUUUCAAAAUUGUGCAACGAAAGCAACGGGUCGUUUGCCUCAUCCUUGAUGUCUCAGGAAGCAUGAGAGGCUCAAGAAUUCUUCUACAGCAACAGGCUGCCACACAUUUCCUGCGGAACAUCAUUGAGGAACAAGCCAGUGUUGGAAUUGUACAGUUUAGUACUUCUGCUUCUACUCUGAGCCCCUUGACUACUAUUGACAGUGACAACACAAGAGAGAAUCUUAUCAAAAUGUUGCCAAAAGUAGCAGAUGGAUGGACAAACAUGUGCUUGGGACUUAGUCAAGGCUUACAGGUACUUACAGUAGAUAAUGGGGAUGCAUUAGGAGAUGAAAUAAUUUUUCUGACAGAUGGUGAGGCGACAGACAACAUUGAAUUGUGUGCUCCAUCCGCAAUAAAAAGUGGUGCCAUUAUAAGCACAGUAGCAUUCGGUAAGAAAGCAGCUACUGCAUUGAUUGAAAUGGCAGAACAGACUGGAGGAAAAUUUAUAUAUGCCAAUGAUGAACUGACCUCCAACCAGUUAAUGGAUGCAUUUGCUUCGUUUACAUUUUCAACUGGAGAUUACACAAAAGAACCAGUUCAGCUAGAGAGUGUUGGAAAAAGAACAUCUGAUUGGUUCAAUGGCACAGUAUCAGUGGAUCAGACUGUUGGGAACAAAACCAGCUUUGUAAUAAUCUAUGAACUAAGUUUUCCUAGUGUUUACAUACAGUCACCAAGUGGCUUAAUCUACACUCAGACAAAUACGAGUCAUGAUAAAUUGCUAAAAACAGUCACUUUAAACGUUCCAGGAACUGCAGAGCCUGGGGACUGGCAGUACAGUAUUCAAACUACAAUACUUCAGGCUUUCACUCUAACAGUAACGAGUCAAGCAGCACAAGCUGAUGUUCCUCCUAUCACUGUCAAAACCCGCAUGAAUCAGAAGUCCAGUGACGGCACUAAACCCAUGAUAGUGUUUGCUGAAGUUAGUCAGAAUUACAGGCCUGUAAUAAAUGCUGAAGUGUGGGCUACACUGGAGUCGGAAACUGGGAUCGAACAUACUUUUCAACUCCUGGACAAUGGAGCAGGAGCUGAUGCUUCUCAAGGUGAUGGAAUCUAUUCCAGAUAUUUCACAAAGAUGGUAAAUGGGAGAAGCAGCUUGAAAGUAAGAGUGAAGAAUCAAGAAGGACAAACCAGAUUAGCUGCCCCAAAAAAGAGUGGUGCCCCAUACGUACCUGGAUAUGUAGUAAACGGUGUAGUGCAACUGAACCCUCCAAAGCCUCCAGUUUCUGAAGAACCACUUGAGGUUGGAAGCUUCACCAGAACAGCCACCGGAGAGAGUUUUGAGGUGACUCUUUCAGGCACAGCUCCACCAAAUUUCCCUCCUAACAGAAUCACAGAUCUGAGUGCUGAAAUCCACGAGGACACUGUGCUUCUCAACUGGACAGCUCCUGGUGAGGACCUCGACCAAGGGACAGCUAAAUCCUAUGAGAUCAGGUGGAGCUUUGACCUUGAUAUGCUUCGAGACAGCUUCAGCAAUGGUCAUGUAGUCAACACAGCUGCUGUCUCACCUCAGGAGGCUGGAUCAGUUGAACAGCAUUCAUUCAAUCUCAGUUUCCCAAUCCAAAAUGGCACCACACUCUCCUUUGCGAUUCAGUCGGAGGACGAAGUAAAUGCAACAUCUGAAACCUCCAAUAUUGCUCAAGCUUCAAAGAUCCUUCGUGCUCCAAAACCUCCAGGAAUAUCAAACCCAGGCAUGAACUUGACCGUUCUUGUCAUUUCUGUGUGUGUGGUAACUAUGAUCAUAUGCUUUAUUGUUGCUGUAACAACAUGGGCAGUGAAACGCAAAAAACUCUCUUCUGAAAGUAAAGUGGAAUUAACAAUCUGAUGAAAAUGAAUGUCAAAUCAAUCCCGAUGUACAUCCAACAGCUUUAGAACAUUUCUUAAAACAAUACCAAACAACAUUUCUUAAUAGCAUGUAUAAUCUUAUAAAUUAUUAUGAUUUUUGUUUUGUUUAUCAUGUAGGAAUCUGUGUACUGAAUGCAAAGUUCGUAAUAGUUCACCAUACUGUUCAGGUGUACAAUAGUCCACUGUAAUACAAAACAAAUCCUGAGAUCUUUGCACCGUUACGAUAGCCAUGAAGAACUUAACCUUGACUAAAAUGGAACAUUAUUGUCAUUAAUUAUCGAAGGAGACACCCUAUGUAGACACAUACUAACUAUUCAUGUUAAUGUAAAGUAACACUGUUUAUAUGUACGACAUAAACAGAUUCUGAACAGGG